GAGGCGGUCCUCAAUUCCGAACAGCCAAUGAUUUCUUCCACUUUUCACAUCACAGCAUCAAGUCUAUACCAAAAGGAAUCGAAGAGCAGAAGAGCCUAGGGUAGAUUGACAUCAAGGUCAUCACAAGCACACAAAAUAUUCUUACACUAUGUCCAAAAAUGCCCAGUUCCAACCACCCGAAGCAACGCCGGUAAUAUUAUUCAAAACUCCACAUCCGUCACCUUCAACCGAUCCCUACCACCAUGCCUUUUCCGAAUCAGCAUCGUCAUCUUCAAACUCUGCGGAAAAAUAUCAAACCCAUUUUAUCCCAGUCUUGAAUGAGACAUACCACCUUCAGGAGAUUGUCAAAAUCAUCGAGGAGGGGCCUGACCAGUGGGAAGGGGUAAUUGUCACUAGCCGGCGAGGUAUGGAGGGUUGGGUCAAAGGAGUUCAAACCUACUUGGGAGGGACAGGCAAGGGAAAAGAGGGGGAAGGGGCAUGGGAUAAAUUACCGCUUUUCUCUGUUGGCCAUGCGUCGACUGAGCACUUGGCUGCUGCCAAUAUACCACCAUCGUUCAAGCCUCGUCCGGUACCCGAGAUGGAAAGCAAUCCUCCGAAAUCCGCUGGACCGUUGUCGGAACUGGUACUGAGAACGUUGCCGAGGAGAAGUACCGGCGCGAGUGAGGUAAGCCACGGGCCAUACUUGUUCUUGUGCGGAGACAAGUCACUGGAUGAGAUGCCUACUGCGCUGAGAAGUGAAGGGAGGACAGUGAAGGAAGUUGUGGUGUACACUACGUCCGCGCGACACGACUUCCAGCAGGGUCUGAGACGGUUAGAAACACCUGUUAGACACAAAGGGUGGUUGGCGUUCUUUUCGCCCAGCUCAGCCGCUAUUGUAAUGCCCCAAAUCAAACAGGAUAAUGGUCGCUGGGAUGGAUGGCGUGUGUUUGCCAUUGGAGAAACGACCAAGAAGUAUCUUGAGGAGGAGGCUAAGAUGGAAGUGCAUGCUGUCGCCGACAGACCGGAUGCCAUUGGGACAUUUGAGGCUAUAAUGAAGGCAGGAAGAUAGGCACACACUUACUUCAUAAAAAACAUCCAUCAAAAUACCAGCAUAUAACCAUAUUGUGCAUCGUUCAUGCAUACUCUACCAUUAUUAAUAUACAAGAUGCCUUAUAAACAUGCCCUACGCUCGUCCUUGAUUGGCAUAUGCCACGUUUACACGGCCAUGACCAUACAGAGCGCCCCUACUGCUGCCUGUCUCAGAGAAAGCGAAAGCGCUUGCGGCCACAUCCUUCUCGUGGCAGUCCAGUACCUGGUCGAAGCAGACACCAUAUUGCUACAGCCUACAUCGGAUACCGAGUAACAGGUUCGAACUUCUAAUAUAAUAUAAUACACACGCAUGUACACAUAGACGUCCUUU